AUGGCGAACCUUGCUCCCAAAUUGUUGGUCUUCUUUGGAGAUAGCCAUGUGGAGGGUGGCGACUUGGGCUAUGGCUUGGUUGGCUCCUUGGGCACUUUUGACCCUGACUACCCUUCCGAAGCGAUGGUGGAGCCACUGCAACGACUGCUGAAAGACUAUGGCUCGGCCUAUCCCUUCAAAGAGUUGGGCUGGUAUCAGGGUUGCUUCUCCGAUGGUUUAUCUUGGCCACAUUUGCUUGGGGAGUGGCUGGGGUUAGAGGUGAUGAACUUUAGCCAUUCUGGAGCGACGACCUGCCAAUCCAUCGCGGUGCCUCCUGGCUAUGUUGGCAUCUCAAGCAGUAUGGGAUUGGACGGAUAUAUAUUUUGGCCCAGAGGUGUUGCACAACAGAUUCGGCAGGCAAGUCGUGUCCUGGCAACAGAGCAGUGGCAAGAUCCUGAUACUUUGGUGAUUGUGGGAUCUGUGGGAAAUGACGUGGUCUACAGCGGUGCAGCAGCAAUAGGUUCCACGCUGGAGGAGGCGGCUGCAAGUCCAUACAUUUCCAAUUGCAAGCAAAUCGUUUCGGACCUCGUGGCCUUGGGAGUGAAUAGAGAGAGAAUCAUCCUGACUGGCUUGCAGGGUUUGGAGUGCCUUCCUGGCAUACAGUCCAUGGACUUUGAUCUGGAGUGGUUGUGUCAUCAACAAGAUGCCAUCAAUGAGGUCAUUGAUGCCUUGGUACCUUUGCCCCGAUGGACGCAAGAGAAGGUCUUUCGAAGCAUGUCCAGGAAGCACAGCGCGCGGGUGAAGCGUUGUCUUUAUGAGCUGAUGCCCUUCACCCCAGAGGAGCUGCCGGAAAAGGCCAGGUUGGCGCAAUUGUCAGCGGCAGAUGGGGCAGCCAUUUGGUUCGAUGAGUAUCAUCCCAGUUCUAUGUUGCACCAUGAACUUGCCAAUGCCUUUGCUGAGCAGUUUCUUCGUCCUCGGAGGGUGGAUGAGUUGGCAAGGGCCAUCGCUUCCGCCAGUGAAGAGGGCGAUCGCGGCGAAAAACUGUGA